AUGUAUUCUGGCCAGCCAUUACCAUGCUCCUACCCAACAUCGUCCGCCAGCGCACCGUCUGUGCAGCCUGGUUAUAUCUCGCCUACGGAUUCGCGGCGCGCGCUUGAGGACGAGAAGGAGAAGCAACAGUCACAACCACAAAGGCAAUCCCUCCCGUCCAUCCACGAGGCUUUAGGAAAUGAUAACCCCCUUCCGUAUCCUGCGCCCACAUCGGCGGCUCCUCAGCAGCCUCACCAUGCACCACAUUCGCAUCUCCUGUCUUCAAAUGUUAUAGCACGGCCGACUGGCGAAGCACCGUCGGGGCCACCGAAUCCGUUUUCAAAUGUGAUAUCAUCAGGACCUUAUGCAGUGCGGGACUCGGCGUACCCUCAACCCCAACUCCAAGCAGAAGCAUCUCGGGCGAGUUUGGCCUCAGUCACCACACAGGAUUCGCGAAACCCCUCGAUUCAAUCUUUGAGUUCGGGCAAGUCACCCACGCAAAGUCAGAAAACGGGGAUCACUUCAAUCGCUGGCUCGCAGACAGGGUCCGCCUAUGAAUAUAGUGCUCCUACUUCUGCGGGCAGUAUCGCCUCUCCCAACGGCUAUGGUACUUUCCCGCAGAACUUCUCCUUCCAGUCGCAGCCCCCGCCAAAUGCGUCAACAUAUCCGGUUGCGUAUGACACUCGACCCUACGGUACUGCAUGGAAGCCGAGUAUACCUGAAGCUGCGCGUGUCGAGGAAAUGAAGGGCGGACUUGCGGGUCGUGCUAUUGCGGGACAGAUCCCGGGUGAUUCUGUCAAACGGCAUUUGGACGUGUAUGAUGUGGAGACAUCGCUCAAUGAGAUUGCCGAGAUGAGCACGCGCACGUUGGACUUUUCACGGCAUUACGCCGCAAAAGCGCACCAGACCCAGCGAUCUGGGCCCGUUUUAGGGUCCCUGCCCUCUCUACAGGAAGUGGAGGAUAUGCUUAAUUUUCAACGCCGGAACCAGGAUGCCUUACUACGUAUACGAGCCGCGGUUGUGAGCCAAGAGCACGCAUUGGCAGAGCAAAUGGCCCAAAGAAAGGCUUUCAAGGCUGGUGGGGUUCGUGACGAUGACCACAUGGCAAUGUACCAAGACGAAUACAAGGGCA